UACAACGCCAGAAGAAACAGAAACAUGUGUCUCUAUUUCUUUUACGGAAUGCAAUGCCAAUGUUUGCUCCUGUGCACAUUAUGCUGAACUGAAUACCACAAAGGGAAAAUGCGGCUUGAAGAGAAUUGGUAGUAAUUGCACCUCUGAAGUUGAUUGCAAUCAUAUCAAUGGUGCAUUAUGCGAUGACCAAAAAACCAACACAUGCGUAUGUGAUAGGCAGUUUAAAUUGAGUAAUGGCAAAUGUGCACCUAAAGUUCCAGGGGACUCAUGCACACCCGGUGGGGACGACUGUCGAAACAUUACAGGGGACGCAAUCUGCAGCCUAAAGACAAAGCAAUGCAGUUGCUACGACACACGUAAAGUGGUCGGAGGACAUUGUCAUACGAUAUCAUGUACAUUUUCCGAUCCUUCACCUUGCAAACUUAUUUCCAACGGUGAAUGCAGGAAUGGGGUAUGCGCUUGUUCAUUCGCAGCGGUACUCAAUACAACAACAGGGGAAUGCAAGAGCAAAGGAAUUGGAGACACGUGUUAUGUUGACGAAGCCUGUGCCUUUGUGAAGAAUGCCAAAUGUGACUCCGAAAUGAAAAUGUGUGUAUGUGACGACACCAGAAAGGUUGAUGGAAACGCCUGUGUUCCUAGAGUGCCCGGGGAUGCUUGCGAACAAGGCUCAAAGAAUUGCCAGGGCAUUUCCGGUGAUUUGUUUUGUGACGCUGUUACGAACAAGUGUUCCUGCGCAAGCACGUAUACAGCUUCUAAUGGCGCGUGUGUACAGAAACGCUGCUCUGACGACCUUGGUUGUGGUGGUAUAGCACAUAUAAAAUGCAUCAACACAGCAUGCACCUGUUCGGUAACAUCGGAGCUUAACAGAACAAAUGGAUUAUGCGAAAGCAAAGGACUCGGAAGUUCCUGUGUCACCGAUAUUGAAUGUGGGCUGGUCACAGGUGCAAUGUGUGAUAACGCUCAACCGCGUGUUUGUGUUUGUGGUGAAAAGUAUGAGAUGAACGAUGCUGAGUGUAUAUUAAAACAACCAGGAGUUCUAUAUCUCAACAGAGUUGGCAUUUUUGUUGCUCAGUAUAUCGAACAUGACGAACACUUUGCGACUUUCCGAUGUGACUACAGAAUAGAUCAUGGCUUCUAUUACCAGAUACAAUGGUAUCUCGAUGGCGAAAUGAUUAAUUCUACCGACAUAGUAGACUCGUCCAAAGCAUCGGAGGCGUCAGUAUUAAAGGACGUCGAACUCUACGAUUUAAACCCUAUGGUCUUUCAGUUCGACUCAAAGUUGCGUUGCCGAGUAACUGCCUUCAACGAAAGCGGUACAAUUGCAAUUAAGAUCGUGGAAAGCAACGAAUUUACACCAAUGAAAAUUUCAUCGAGAUCUCUUACAUUUACUCGAGGACAAAGUGCGUCAUUCACUGUGACACUGUACGUUCCGUUUGGUUGUGGUACACACUCGGAAGACUGUCGACUGCAGUAUCUUCUAUAUGACCCGUCGGACCUCUACGAUUGCAUUGAUUCGACCAUUGCAGUGUUGCACAGCGAUACGUGCGGAGGCCGUAUUAAAGGGUCAACUAAAACUGAUAUUGAAACGUUUUCUUUAACAAAACAUGAAACAACUAUAACAAUAGUCGCGAAAAACAACAACAAAUAUAAACUGAAAAGCCAGUUUCAGUUGAAGCUUCAAACAUUCUCGGAUGAUAAUCUAAAGAAUCUUUGGCAAGGGUUUACAACCACAAUUGCAGUACAUGUUACUGAUGGCCAUUCGAUUCAAAACAGUCAUUGUUAUGCUCAUGUCGACCCGCAUAUGAGGACCUUUGAUGGACGCACGUACGAAAACCAAAAUACUGGCGAAUUCAUCCUUGUCCGUCAUAAGAAAUAUCCCAUUGAAGUCGACAUGAUUACACAGCCUUGUUCCAUUGGGGGUUCAAAACCAACAUGUGCUUGCGCCGUAAACGUAAGAGCUGGAGGUGAUAUAUUCACCAUAAACCACUGUAGCGGGCACCUAACGAAAUACCUAUCCGAUAAGGAUGGAGUACUGAUAGUGUACCGGGAAAGUUCUUCGCAAUAUAAGAUAAUACUGCCCACCGGAAUGUCUGUGAACAUAUACUUGACGAUGUGGGGUAAAAACUACUGGAUGAAUGUGGACAUUUAUCCAUCACCACAUGACAUCAAUCAGGUUGAAGGAUUGUGUGGAAAUUAUAACGGCGAUCCAGAAGAUGAUUUUAUCAUGCGAAACAGUGGAACUUUGUUGACACCAAGUUCUGAUAACUCAAAAAGGAUCUGGCCUUGGGGAGUCUACCCGGAUGAAUUUUCUUUUUCAUGGGACCUUACUCACAAAUGGAAGGAGAGCUUGCUUAACCCAGUUGUCUACGAGAACACGUUGCCGUGGAAUCGGAAUCAAACGUUUUGCAUUUGUCCUGGUAUACCAGCAAACAACUUUCAGUCCGUCUGCUCCAAGCACGAGGACGAUUCGUGUAACAAAACUGUUGUGAGACGAGGAACCCUGAUUCCCGGUACCCUAUUCAGAGAUAAGAGAGAAGCGGCUAGUUCAGUUAAGAAACACAGAGUCGAAAGUCAUGUGAAGCAGCGACUCAAUAAAAUGACAAACUCCUGGCAUAAUAAGGUUCUACAUAUACGCAACAAGCGAGAGUCUACGUCAGACCCUGCGAAUAUGAGCUCCGAGGAAGCACGUGCAUAUUGUUCAGAUGCAUUCCUAAGCUGUGCAAGUGUGCAGGCUGCAAAGGAUCAGAUUGAUACGGACCUAAAUAAAACCCUAGAAGACUGUGCAUUUGACAUGGUGAUGACAGGGAAUUCACAGUGGGUUACUGCUCAUUGCGAUGCGCAGACACAGGCACUUCAGAUGGAAAUUCAGAAAAAUGAGACAAUAGCUAAAGUUUUUCCAGACAUAGUCAAAAUCGUGAAGGAUAAUUCUUGUCCGUCUAAUUGUAGCAGUAAUGGGAAAUGCGUGUCAGGUACAUGCCAGUGCUUUGACGGUUAUGGGACGGAUCUCUGCCUUAUUGAGCUCUCAAAACCACCUCAGUUGCAAGAACUCGGCACCAAAGGGACUUGUGAUAUCGGCAAAGGAGAUAUUUGUGACUGCAUCCCAAUAGUUGGUGACGGCUUUGUCGAGACCGCAAUUUGUAACGUGACCGUAUAUGAGACGAAUGAAAAAAAUGUCUUCACAAUGUCAAAAGCGUUAAGCCGUUCAUGCGAAUACAACAACCUCAACGAAAUAUGCGCACCUGUGCAGGAUGUCAAACGAAGACGUAAGAGGUCGAAAAAAACGAUCUUCGCAACCAUGUAUCAGAUUUCCGUCAGCAAUGAUGCAAUACACUUUUGCAGCCCGUCUAAAGUUAUUGUUUUGGAUGGCACAUGUCAAGACUCUUUCGUAGAUUCCGCUGGAGACACAGUCAUGAUUUUGAAACAUGGGUACUGUUACAUCGAGGGCAGAUGUGUUUUGGAAGCGACGACUGGAGAUGAUUCGUGCACGGAAUGCAAACCUGCGUCCGCUACAUUUGAGUGGACAAACGUGUGCCAUGGAAGCAGUAAACACGAGAAACCAAACAUGUUAGGCAUCGCAAUCGGUAUUCCUGUCGGAAUAUUGGUGCUCCUUGGAGUAAUACUCGUUAGUGUUCUGGUGGCGAAGAAACAAAUGCAAAACAGAACCGUUCAAGCAAGGGUUGAUGUCGGUCUUUAUGAUUCUACUGCUUCCAACAAGACGUUACAGCUGCGUGAAGACCAUGAUUUGUUUACAAACACGGUUGAACCCAUGCAUAUUGAUGGCGAUGGAUUCCAAUUGGAAUUGCCAGAAGAGCAAGGGAGGAGUCCAACUAGUGCUUCAACGUCAAGAACAUGAACGACCUGUCAAAUCUAAAAAAAGGUCGGAAACAACUCAAACGAAUACCAUUAUUGGAUGGCCAGUAACAGCUUGGUCGAAUUCCACAAUUCAAAGGAUGACUCAUAACAAUUAUAGAAACGUCAAUUUAAGCUUAGAACCUAUUUGGUUUAUGGAUAUUUGGUUUGCAAAUAUAAAACACAUUUAUAUCGGAAUGUGUCAAUUAUAAGUAAAACAUUUACGUGUUAAGUUUAUGAUAUUACAGAGACUGAACAGAGAAGUAUUUAUUAUAAAUGAUACAGUUACACUCAAUACAUGUAUAUGAUAUCAUGUUUGAGAUUUGUUAAUAUUAUGAGUUAUUAUUGCAGUGGAUAGUUUGUCUUAAAUAAACGUCUUUAAUGAAAACAUAUACAAAGUAGCACGUUCAAUCUAGAAGUAGGCAUGUAAAAUAGCGUUGCCAUUGUGUAUUUGUUAUAUUAUAUAUUGGUUUUGUUUUUUGGUGUGUUUUUUUUUCGUUUUGUAGAUGUGCCUUUAUUUUUGUUUUCGAUAUGUGUCUUGUUGUUUUAUCCUUUUUUAAAUUUGACAUUUUCCUACGAUAAAUGAUGCUUUAGUAUUCCGACUCCUGUUUAAACUGACUUGCUAAUUAAACUGAUAUACCCGGAUAUCUCUUACAAGCAUGCACUUUAUAUUCAAAACGGUUCCGUUAUUUUCACAAAACAACAACAUUCUGUACAAAGUAGAUUUGCUUACUAACUUUCACGUACUAAAAUGUUGUUAAUAGUUGGUAAAUAAUAACAAUAACCAUGCAUAUAAGCUUAGGACAAGCGAUGUACCAAAUGCACUCUGAUACUAUCUUAAACCGUGUAUAUUUGGUUUGCAGAUAUAAAUUACAUUUAUUUAGUUUAAACAUAUUUGUUUAAGCUCGAUUGCGUAGAAAGUACUUUCUGCUUAUUUGAAACGCUCUCGAGUCCGUUUUCUGGGCCUAAACCAGUACUUGGUGUCUUUGGAGGAGAUCGAAAAAACGCUCCCACAAUUGGAUUACAUAACAUUUAUUUAAAGUUAUAUCGGAAGGUGUCAAUAUAAUUUGAAACAUUUACGUGUUGAGAUCUUAAUAUAACACAGAUUGAACAGACAAGUAUGUUUUAUACAUAAUACAGUAACACAAAAUGUUACAUAUCAUGUUUAAGAUGUGUUAAUAUUAUGAGUUAAAAUUGCAGUGGAUAGUGUGUCUUAAAUAAUCGUCUUUAAUGAAAACAUUUAAAAACAUAACACGUUUAAUUUAGAAGUAGGCAUGUACAAUAGCCGUGACAUUGUUUUUUUUUUAAAUUAUAUAUUUGUUGUUUUGAUUUUUUUGUUUUGUAGAUGUGCCUUUAUUUUAGUUUUCGAUUUGUGUGAGUGCACUUUAUAUUCCAAACGGUUCCGUUUUUUACAGAACAAAAACAUACUGUACAUAGUACAUUUGCAUUCAAACUGUAUUUUAAUAAUGCUGUCAUCUUAACAUUUAAACAAUUAAUCCAGAUAACUGGAAAACGGAUGUUUUAUUUUGUGGGUUAUAUAAUUUUACCGUUUAAUUAUUUGUAUUUUCCAAUUUAAGUAAUAGUAUUUCAGUCCCACGUAUUGUAUGUACAAGCUUAGCGAUAAACCGGUAAUAAUUGAACAUGUCUCUAUGGCUAAUUAUUGGUAUUCUUAAAUCAAACUACGGGAAAAGGGUGAAAGAAAUUAUUAUACGUCAAAUACAUUCACUUUGUUAUAUUUCACCUUAAUGAAGAUACCGGUUUGUCUUGUUGUUGUUUUUAAUAAUUAAAUUAGUUUCCUUUAAAACGUUUCAAUACUUUCAUGCGUUAUUGUGAAUUUUGACAUUCAUGUCUGUUAACAUGUGGCCAUUUGUUUAUAAUGUUUAUUGUUACAAUUAUGUGCAUUUUACUAACUUAUACAAACCAUUUGUUAACAAUUACCCGCAUGUCCCUUGAGUUUGUUUCCUCACUUUUUACGUAAUCAAAAAUAAAAUUCUAACAUUUACAA